GGACACCUGGGGACACCUGGGGCAGCCCCUUGUCCCCUGCUCUAUUCCCUCUUGGGGACACCUGGAAUGUCCCUGUGCCCCCUCGGGUGGUUCAGGUGCCCUCAGGUGAGUCCCCAGGUGACAGUGCCACCCGCCCAGGUGACACAGGUGACCCCCAGGUGUCACUGUACUGCCCCAGGGGACACAGGAGUGUGCAGCUGUGACACAGGUGACAUCCCCAAGGUGUCACUGUCCCCUUGCAGGUGGCCCAGGAGCAGCUGAGGCUGCACUUGGGGGCCUGGGGGUGACAGAGGUGUCCCUCAGGUGGCACAGGUGUCAUUGUCACCCCCAGAUGAUGCAGGAGCAGCUGAGGUUGUGCUGGGGGUGCAGUGGGGGGGGACUGGAGGUGACAGAGGUGACAUAGGUGGAUGCCUCAGGUGGUGGCACAGGUGAUGUCACAGGUGAUGUCCCAGGUGAUGUCACAGGUGUCACAGGUGUCCCUGUCCCCUGUCCAGGUGACACAGGAGCAGCUCCGCGCGGCCGAGGCGGCGCUGGCCCUCAAGCAGGAGCUCAUCGAUCGCCUCAAGGCCGAGGCCGAGCGCCAGCGGGCGGCCCUGGAGACCAUCCCGGUGCUGCAGGCCCAGGCCGACAUUUACCGGGCGGAUUUCGAGGCGGAGCGCGCGGCGCGGGAGCAGCUGCACGGGCAGCGCGAGGCUCUGCAGGAGGAGCUGAACCAGCUGCGGCUGCGGCUCGGCGGGGACGGCGCCCGGUACGGCACUGGCACCCCAAAAACGGCCCCAAACCACCCCAAACCAGUCCAGACCAGCCCCAAACCAUUCCAAACCAGUCCAAACCAGCCCCAAACCAGUCCAAACCAGCCCAAACCAGUCCAAACCAGCCCCAAACCAUUCCAAACCAGUCCAAACCAGCCCCAAACCAGUCCAAAUCACCCCAAACCAGUCCAAACCAGCCCAAACCAGUCCAAACCAGUCCCAAACCAGCUCCAAACCAGUCCAAAUCACCCCAAACCAGCCCCAAACCACCCCAAACCAGUCCUAACCAGAAAACCAGUCCCAAACCAGCCCAAACCAGUCCAAACCAGCCCCAAACCAGCCCAAACCAGUCCAAACCAGCCCCAAAUCCCCCAAAACCAGCCCAGAAACACCCUGGAGCACCCCAAAAUGCCCCAGAAUACCUCAAAACCACCCUGGAACACCCCAAAACUGCCCCAAAACCACCGCAAACCACCCCAAAAAUUCCCACAACACCUCAAAACCACCCCAAAACCACCCCCAAAUACCCUGAAACACCCCAAAACACCUCCAAACCACCCUGUAACACCCAAAACCACCCCCAAAGAGCCCAAAAGAUCCCAGUUUCCCCCCAGACACGCUGAACUCCUGCAGAACAACCAAAAGCUCUCCCAAAAGGCCCUUGGGGACCACAACAGAAGCCCCCACUCGAAACCAACCCCAAAACACCCACAAGACCCCAAAACCAACCCCAAACACCCUGAGAAUACCCCAAAACCACCCCCAGGCACCCCCAUUGCCCCUCGCCCUCCUCCCUGACAUCCCCCAGACCCCCCCAAAAUCCCUCAACCCCUCCCAAAACCCCCAGGCCCCCCCAAAAAUCUCCCUGAAUCUCCCAAAGGCUCCCAAACAACCCCCGGGAACCCCCAAAUCUCUCCCAGAGCCCCCAAAUCCCCCAAUUCCAAGGACCCCCCCAAAAUCCCUCAACCCCUCCCAAACACCCUCAGGGCCCCCCCAAAAUCUCUCUGAAUCUCCCAAAGGCUCCCAAACAACCCCUGGGACCCCCAGAUCUCUCCCAGACCCCCCAAAUUCCCCCCAAACCCCCCAAUC